GAUAUGAUCGACCCCAGCUAGCCGGCACGGCCAAGGUUCAGCGGCAUGGUUUCUCUGGCCCGUGGAUGUAGAUUGUAGCGCCUGAGGGAAGAGAUUCCUUGCUCGUCCGCAGAAGCCGGGCUGUAGUUUUUACCCACUGCCAGCCACGGAGUCAUGGGCUCACGGACGGACGGACGGACGGGCGGACGGACUGCGAGCCACACGAUUCCGAUUCCUUGGAAUGCCGCUUGAGUGCGCUACGAGUGUACGGUCGGGCCGUGCACUGCGCCCGUCACAGUGAGUGCGCGCGCACGGCGGGCGCGCGACACGGUGAAGCGGAGUCCGUCCCGGGCGCGCUCAGGCGGGCCCGGCGCUCGGCGGACACAAAAAUGUGGAUCUCUCCUAUAGGUAUAGUUGUUCGUAUAGCAAGGCUACUCCGUAGCAGACAUACCUAUUCCGUACCUACUGUAUACCUACUCCGUAUUUCUGAUCCUGGUAUUUAGAGUCGGACUCUCACUUCGUUUCCUCAGAAAAGGCUUCGCCGCUCGGAGAGGCGUCGUCGUUGAGCGUGCGAGCAUAACAACAGCCUCGAUCACCCCGACUGUUUAGUGUUCACACCGCCAUCAGGGCUAAUGCAAGCUCCUUUCGGCCUCAAUUCUCGCAUCAUCUCACCGAGUAGUACUAGCUAUCCCCCAUCCAUGGGCGCCCGCGCAUUUCGCUGCACGCCGUACAUCAUUCGCACGUAACUGACGGCCUGCUCGGUGUGCAUUCGCGCGUCCAAGUCACGCAACUGACACCGUCGACCAGUUCGGCGAUCCCAAGGCAGCACGCGCGAUCGUUGCCACGAGCAGCACGGUCUUCGCUCCCAGCGGCCUCCUCUUCUCGAUCCUCCGAGGACUCCUCGAGUCCAGCUUGUACUGCUACAGCGGGUCCUAGCCGCGCGCUCUCCGUCAGCUCCGUCGACGUCCUCCGUCAAGAGACGUCGGACGUCAGUCAGGGCGUCAGAUCUCCGAUGGAGAACGGCAGCAGCAGCAUGCCAGUGCCCACGUCAAUAUCCAUGCCCUUGACGAUGCCGACGACGUCAAUCAUGCCCAUGUCGGUGUCGAUGUCGAUGGAGGUGCUGCAGCGGGCCAUGGCGGACGAGCACGAGCACUGGGACGCGGCGGACGACCCGCAGGGCACCAUGAGCAUGAUGGCCAUGCUGCUCGCCGGCAACGACUCGCUGCUCGCCGGCAAUGACGGGCUGCUGGGCGGCACGACUGAGGGGCUUCUGGGCGGCACAAAUGAGGGGCUUUUGGGCGGCAAUAACGGGCUUUUGGGCGGCAAUGACACCUUUCUGGGCGGCGCACACGGCGACAUUAUGCUGCUGGGUGGCCCACAAGCGAACGAUCUCCUGGGCGGCACACUCGACAACGGCAGCUGUGCUGCGCGGACGGAAUUCGGCGGUGGCUUUGCCGCCAUGGGCGCGGGAAACCAAGCUGGCGCUUCUUUUGAGGCGGCUUAUAAGGGAACUGAGUUUGUCGAGUACGACAAUUUUUGUUUUGAGGCGCCUCAGAAUGCCGCUACUACUGGGGGAGGCAUGAUAUGCGGCGCACCAGACAAGAGCCAAGGACAUCAUCCAAGUCACCAUGCCUCCGUGAGCGCCCAUGGCUCGCUCAUGCCCCAUUAUGACACCGCUUCUGCUUCUGCGCACGACACCGACUUUCUCACCUUUGAUCAUGGCCGUUCCAGCAUUGCCCCGCCUCUCAGCCAUCUCUGGGUGGACCAGCAGCAGCAGCAGCAGCAGCAGCAGCACCACCACCAACAACAACACCAGCAGCAGCAACACCAGCAGCAGCACCUGCUGCUGCAGCCCGAGCCUCAAGCGCAGGCUUGGCCGGACCUGAAGACACCCGCGGACCUGAAGCCCGAGCGCAGGGCGCUUGUGGUGCAGCCAUGUGACUAUAAGGGGGGCAAGGGGGCCGGCUACCAGGGCGCUCGGCUGCUGCAGAUGCCGCCCGGUUUGCGCCUUCCGCCGCCCGUUGCUGCGCCUGCACCUGGCGCUACAACCGCUUCUGCUGGCGCUACAACCGCUGCUGCUGGUGCUACAAACGCUGCCUGUGCCACAAAUGCUGAGGCGGAUUCCGGUGUGGCCGCACCUGCACCGGCUGCGCCCAACGCACAUGCUGCUGCACAGCAGUCGCCACCCAAUGUGCACAUGAGUGUGCACGUGCUGCCCCGGGCCAGCACGGCUCCGGCGAAUACCGCCCCUCUGAGGAGAGCUGCAGCAGCAGCAGAGGCGAUGGAGGGCGAAUCAUUUCCUGCCGAUGCUGGCGCUGCUGCCGGGUGUUCCAUGCUCAGAAGCCACAGCAGCAGCAGCACCUGCCGUCCUCUAGCAGUCUGGCUUGGUGAGGGCGCGUGGGAGGGUGCAAGGGAGGGCAUGAAAGGCGUGGGGGAGGGAGACGAGGGGUCUGCUGCUCCUGGCUUUCUUCUGCAGGGUCCGGGGGAGCUCCAAGGAAUAGACGCGGGUGUCAGUCCUGCUGCUGCUGUUGAUGUUGCUGGUGGUGGUGGUGGUGCUGCUGCUAUGGCUGCUGGUCUGCGCAAGAGUCGCAGCAGCAGCAGCAGCUUCAAGGCUCGUGUGGUGCGCACCAAGGGAAGAGGCGGAGGCAAGCGAGGAGGCGGCGGCAUGAGCCGAAGCCGCAGCAGCCAUGGGCUGCGCGCCGCCGCUGCUGCUGCUGCGGCUCCUGCUUCCGACUCUGCUGCAGCACCAGGCGAGCCAGAAUCCGAUCUCCCCGCCUUCCUGCGGGAGAACCAAGCGCUGGCCCAGGCGCUGCUGAACGCCGACCUCUGUUUCUCCCCCAACUCCGGCACUGCUGCUGCGGCUGACCCCGCCAGUGCUGGCACUGCUGCGUGCUCCUACGACGUCAGCGCCGGCAUGAGCGGCGCAGCAGGUGGAGGAAUGAGCAGCUGCAGCCUGGGCGGUACGGCCACGGGCGGCGAGACCAGCCUGGGCGGCACGAGCAUGGGCGGCACGGCAACGGGCGGCGACAGCAGCGAUCCCGAGGAGCCUGGGCUGGCGAAGGGCACGUGGUUACCAGAGGAGGACCGCGUGCUGAUGCAGUACGUGGGGAGCUACGGCCCCAGGAACUGGGGCGCGCUAAGAGCCCGGGGGCUGCUGCGGCGGUCGGGGAAGAGCUGCCGCCUGCGAUGGGUCAACCAGCUCAAGCCGGGCCUGCAGAGGUACGCCGGCAAGGGCUGCAAGCGGUUUACCGAGGCAGAAGCGAACGUGGUGCUCUCCCUGCAGCGCGUGAUGGGCAACAAGUGGGCGCAGAUCUCGCGGCACCUGCCCGGGCGCACGGACAACGACGUCAAGAAUUUCUGGAACCUGCACCUCAAGAGGCAGGCCAGGCUCAGAGGCCGGGGAGGGGGGCUUAACCGCAACGGGGGUAACGGUGUUGGUGAUGGUGGUAACCAGAAUGGUGGUAACCAGAGCGGUGGUUACGAGGAUCUACAUCUGCAGCACGUGGCUUCCAGCAGUCUCCUGGAGGACUGGACCCAGAUGGGUGUUAGCCUGGUGAAUGAUGAUGGUGGGGACGGGGGCAGCAGCAGCACGAGCAGUGGCAGCAGAGGCAAUGGGGACGAUGAAACUCUUUGUGGGGCUGAUGCCGCUCACAAUGCUGCUGCUGCUGCUGGUGCUGCUGCUGCUGCUGCUGCUGCUGCUGCUGCUGCUGCUGCUGCUGCUGCUGCUGCUGCUGCUGAUGCAACAGCAGAAAGAGCAGAGGAGCCACGAGGCAUGGCAGCGAUGCGCGGGGCCGUGGGAGAUGCUGCAAGGACGGAAGAGGUGGGGAAUGCAGACAAGGGUGGCAGCACGGACACCGCAACCCCCCCACCUUCUACAGCUGCACCUGCAGCACCUGCAGCAGUAACAACCACCACCCCUCCAACAGCAGCAGAGACACGCCCCGUGCCUUCCUCUCUGCCCGUGCCGUCGUCCCUGCCCCCCCAUAUGCACGCACACGCCAAGCCGUUCCUCCCCCGCUCCCGCCCCUCCUCGUCCACCGGCCGGCCUCUCUCGUCCGGCAGCCGCCCGUCCUCGUCCUCCGGGCGGCAGUCAAAGCUGUCCUUGCACCAGAGGCGGCUGCAGCGGAACUCCUCUGGUGGUGGUGGUGGAAAUGGCGGCGGCUGUGCAAGCUGUGCUGGUUGUGGCAAUGGCAGUGGCAAUGGCAGUGGUAAUGGCAAUGGCAAUGGCGCUGCCAACUCUAGGGGUGAUGGCGCUAGUGCUGCCGCUGCAGCGACUGCAGGAGCCCAAGCUGCUGCUGCUGCUGGUGCCGCUGCCUCUGCCGCCGCUGCCACAUGCAGUGCUGGCGGUGCCUCUGCUGGCGGCGUGGCAGUGGGUGGAGGAGUGAUGGGGUGUGGUGUGGGAGAUGGGGAGGCGGCAGCUGGGAGAGGCGGCGAGGGGAGGGGCGGCGAGGAGAGGGGCGGCGAGGGGGACGUGGAAGCCAUGGACGUGUCGGGCGCUGGCGCUGGCGCCAGCCUCUCUGCUCUCAAGAUAGACUGCCCCUACAAGAGCGCCGCUGCAAAUGCCACCACCCACCCUCAAGGCCUGAUGAAUCUGGACGACUGGAUCAACUCGCCCACUGCCGCUCCCCCCCGCCGCACGCCCUGCUCCCCCUUCUACAUCAACCUCUCCCCCUCCGCCCGCCGCCUCCGCUCCCCCGGCUCCCCCUCCCCCCGCUCCCUCUACCUCCGCUCCCCCUCCCCCCGCACCCUCCCCUCCCCCCGCCACCGCUUCUCCCCCAGCCACCGUGUCUCUCCCCACCCUCCUCACCACCCCUCGUCCCGCAACUCUCCCCUCUCCUCCUCCCCCUCCCCCCACACCAACCACUCGGGGUCGCAACCCUCCCCCCUCUCCUCCUCCUCCCCUCGCCCCCCCUCCCACCCCAACUCCCACUCCUCCCUUGGCAAGCAGCCAGGGCAAGGGGAGGGGGGCAGCAAUGUGAGAAAGCAAGGGCAGGCGGGGCGAGAGGAGGGAAUGAUGCAAGGGGUGGAGGAUGGGUGUGGAAGAAUGCAAAGGCAGGAGGGUGAUGGGGGGAGAACGCAAGCACUGGUGCCGGGUGAGGAUCGGCAAAGAUCCAACCUGGCUAAUCACACGCUGCCACGUGGCAAGGGGCUGCUGCAGCUGCCCAGUCGCUGCAGGGAAGCUGGAGGGCAAGCCGUCCCACCAGCCCCUACCCUGGCGCCAGGUCAGGAGGAGAUUCUGCCAGGUCAGCAACCUGAGCCCCUUCAGGUGGUUUGUCAGGUUCUCUAUGAGCCAGCUGGCCAGCAUACUGCCGAGCCAACGCACGAACCUGUUGCCGGACUUGUUGCCGCGUCUACCGCCGGGCCUAUGAGCAGUUGCCAGCAGAAUGGGGCGCAGGGUGUGGGGCGGAGCAUGAGCAUGGAGAGCAGUGUGAGCCGCGGACAGCACGGGAGGAAGGGCUCUGGUGCCCCUGCUGCUGCUCUCAUACAAGCACCUCCGAUACAAGACGUGCUGGUGCCUGCAGUGGGCCAGCAGAAACUCCAAGUGUACCAAGAGCAUCAGCAGUACCAUGAGCAUCAGCAUCAUCAUCAUCAUCAUCAUCAGCAGCAGCAGCAGCAGCAGGCAUGGCAGCUCAAGGAGAAGCAGAGCAGCACGAGGCAUGGCAGCACGGGAGGAGGGGGCAUGCCUCCCAUCCCCAAGCACCGCCGCCACCACAGCAUAGGCGGCCCGCCACACGCGGCACAUGGCAGUGCACUGGACAAUGCAGACACAUGCCGCAACGCCACUGCAGCAGCCCACGGCCCGAGCACAAGCGAGCACUCAAGCCCAUGCCAGCGAACCACCACACCCCGGCGCACCAACACCGCAGCACAGCCGGCCACUUCCAGCCCGUGUGUGAGCGGUAGUGCUAGUGCAAGUGUGGGUGCAAAUGCAAGUGCGAGCCUGAAGGCGAAUGCAGGGCUGCAUGGCAUCCGGGUGUGGCACCUGGGUGCGCCUGCGGUUGGCCUCAUGGCUCCCAUCAUCGACAUCUCUGCCUCUGCUGCUGCUGCUGCGCAUGGGGGUGUGGGGGCUGCUGGGGACUCGGUGAUAGAGUACCACUGGGGAAGAGGUUUUAUCAGAGCUGCUCCAUAGGCCAAGGAUGUUGGCAGUACAGGGAAGGACAUAAACAGGAGCUUGCUACUCUUGUAUUUCCUACUCGAUGCCGUGUAUGUUGGAUGUAUAAAUAUAAAUAUAUGUCAUGAACUGAU